AUGGUCGAAGGAAGAACCUCAAUAGAGCAACUCUCGGCGGAAACACGAGCCAGACUACGCUCCACCCAGAUAUUGACAUCUUUACCGCAAGUCGUAUCUGAAUUGCUGCAGAACUCGCUAGAUGCUGGAGCUCGGCAGAUUUCCAUAGGUGUUAACUGCGACGAAUGGUCAUGCUGGGUGACGGAUGAUGGCUUGGGGAUUGGGAAGGACGGACUAGCUGCGCUAGGCAAGGGCUCAGAACAUGGACGAUACAAUACGUCGAAGGCAUAUAGCAUGGACUCUCUCGGUGAUCUCUCUACGUUCGGAUUUCGCGGUGAAGCCCUAGCAUCGGCGGCCGACUUGGCCUGCUUGGAGAUCUCCUCACGAACGGCCAAGUCAAAGCAGAGUUGGUCCAUUAUUCUAAAGGGAGGUGAUACCCUAUACAGUGGGCCAUCGGUCAGAUGGCGACGGGAGUCACCAGGGACCACUGUAUAUCUCCAGGAUAUCUUUUAUAGCCUCCCAAUACGACGGUUGUCCCACCCUUCACCUUCAAAGACCGUCGAAACGAUACGGAACGAUAUUGAAUGCUAUGCCCUUGUAUUUCCGCAGGUCUCAUUCUCUCUGCAGCGUGCUGCCGUUGGGCGAGACGGCAACGUUGAAAAAGUUACCGCGAUCCCCAAGACUUCCUCUAGUUUGACUGCGUUCAAACAUAUCUUUGGACGUGCAUUAGUCGAGCACGUUGAUGAAAUGAACAGCCAGUCGGGCGAACUACGCCUUGAAGGAUUUAUUAGCCUUAAUGGCGCGCUAUGCAAGUCAUAUCAAUUUAUAUAUAUCAACCAUCACCCCAUAUCAUUCUGCGACAUACAUAGAACCGUUGAUUCUCGCUUCGCUUCUAGUACAUUUGGUAAACAUGCGUUCGAUGAAGAAGGAGAAACCGAUUCUAGACCUCAUGCUCGACGUUCUCCACGGAAAGGCGAAAAGAAGCCGGUCUAUGUCCUCAACUUGAUCAUACCCACCCGACUCAUUGAUAACUGCAUGGAACCAGCGAAAUCAUCGGUCGGAUUGGAGAAUAAAAACGCCGUAAUUUCCUUCUUAUCAUCAGAAAUACAGUCCUUUCUGGUAAGGAAUGGGUUCGCGACGCAUCAUCUUACUACCUCAAACUCUGUGAACCUCGGUGGGACGCCUCGUAAACGACGGAGAGUUGCAACCGAUGAGGACGAAACGCCUCCGCUCAUGAUUGAGCCUGCGUAUAAUAUGACGGUGGCUCCCAAAAGCCACCCGGUGUACAUAUUACCGGGAGAGGACUCUGCAGGUGAUACCAUAACAUGGACCGACCCGAACACUGGCAAAGUUUUCGUUAUCGACAGCCGGACAGGUAAUUCCGUAAGCCAAGCAGCAGUGUCCAAAGCCAGACAACCAGAGGAGCCGAGUGGAAGGCGUACGCUGACGGCAUCGCUGUCGCCGACGCUGGAUACAGCAAAUGUUCCACAAUGGAUACAGAAAGCAUUAAUGGCGAACGACGUAUACUCACUACCUGACAAGAGGAUCCCGACUUGUGCUCAUGUAGUAAAGCCAGCUACUGGACGUCAAAUGCUUGGUCAUUGGGGCCCUCAAAGUCUAGAUUACUCCAGGGGACCCUAUCUUUCGACGGUAGAUGCAGAGUUAACAUCUCUUCAAUUCCGAAAGGAAGACUUACCCCAGGCCCGGGUCAUAAGCCAGGUUGACCGAAAGUUCAUUGCCUGUAUCAUGCCAGCUACGAGGGCGAGGCCUGAGAUGACCUCGGUUGGAAAUAGCACUCCGGACGAAUCUCCGGAACAAGCACUUAUUUUGGUGGACCAACACGCAGCCGACGAACGUAUCCGUGUGGAGAAGUUCCUCAAAGAACUCUGUCUGCACUACUUAGGGGCGGAUGCAGGUGGCGUGAAGCUUCGAGUGUUAUCGCCGACCGUUCUCGUACUCUUGACGCAUCACGAAGCAAAACGACUGGCCUCAAACGAGUCGGUUCAGGAGGAAUUUCGAAGAUGGGGGUUUGAAUUCUCCAGAUUGGUGGGCCUAUUGUCGGGACACGACCCCGAAGCCGGAGCGGACGCUGCUACGGAAAGUGGAUAUACCCAGGUAGAAGUGCAGAGCAUUCCCGACAUGGUAGCAGAUAAGCUACUCCAGGGACACGAGCUACGAGACCUGAUUAAGGCAUUUCUCGCGCAGUUGAAUGGCGAGUCAUCGAGAGGCACUCCAAAUGAUGUGCAAGACUCUAGCCAAGGAGACCAUGCUUGGUUAAAGGCCCUGCGGUGGUGCCCCAGGGAACUGGUCGAGUUGAUUAACUCCAAAGCCUGCCGAGGCAAGUUUGGCCAUUUGAUUUCUACUGGUGUCACCAUUGAUUCCGAAUUUGCUCGCGCACGUUGCCGAGCCAGGUGCAAUCAUGUUUAA